AUGGUUCGAGGGACCCUCUCGCUGGGGCUCCUGCUCGGCCUCGCGGUAGUGAGCGAGGUCGCCGCCGUUGAUGUGAAGCGGUACGAUGGCGUCCACAGAAUCGAGAAGGCCCAGAUCACAGCUCGUGCGAUCCUAGAGGCGCGGGAUGGGAUGACCGCCGGUGUCUGCGGGACGUCGUCCAAGCUGUGCCCGGCCAGUCUCGACGGUGGAUGCUGCCCCGAUGCCUACGACUGCGCAAGAGAGAGCUGCUAUGCUACGACGAGAGGUGGAUGCUGUCCCGAUGGCUACCUUUGCCAGACUGCCGGGAACUGUGUCCCUCCGUCCGGAUCACCAUAUACUCUCGGCUGCCCUGCCAGCCAGUACCUCUGCCCGUCAUCACUCGGCUAUGGCUGCUGCCCCAAUGGCAUGGGAUGCGCCGUGAACCAAUGCUACUCGACGGCGCCUGUGACCAAGACCUCCGAGAUGGUCAUCACCACCACUCAGAGCGACAAAACCAGCACCUACACGACACGCAGCCUCUCGGUCAGCACACCAGUGGCCCCCACAAGAGCAGUCGGCAACGGCGACUCAGACGCCGUACUGAAAUACUUCCCCUCCGCCCUCGCCAAAGCCACUCCCUCAGCCGAGGCCAGCUCCUCAGACAACAGCGGCGGCGGCGGCGGCCUCACCAAGGCCCAGCUGGCCGGCAUCGUCACGGGCGCCGUGGCCUUCCUCGUUCUCGUCAUCGUCAUCGCCUUCGUCGUCAUCCGCCACCUCAACAAGGUCGUCGCCGCCGUCGCGAGCUCCAAGUCGGGCGGCUCCCAGCCCCAGAUGCGCCAGAGGAAGAACACCCAGUUCGAGGUCGACUCCCUCAUGAUGCCCCCGACCACAAAGGCCGCCUCCGACAUCGCCAGCUCGACGGGCCAGACGCCCACCAGCUUCGCCGGCCACUACCAGCCCGUCAGCACCGUGCCCAGCGUCUCGGCCAGCACGCCCGACAUUGGCGCCGGCGGCGGCUACUUCGACAUCAACCCGCACGGCGUCCAGGUGCCGAGGCGGACGAGCCAGCAGUCGACGGGGUACAGCAUCGCGCCUGACCGGCCCAGCAACGACUCGUACGGCGGGUACACCCACGUGCGGAGCUUCAGCGAUGCGUCGGACGGGUCGGACGGCGGGGUUGGGCAGCAGCAGCAGCAGCAACCAGGGGUUCCUCAGCCGUUCAGUCCGGGGCUCGUCACCGAGCUGGACUCGAGGGCGGUUGUGCCCGAGCUUCCGGGGUCGCCUGGGUCGUCCACUUUCGCCGGCGAUGACCAGCGUCGGUCUUCGGUGGUGAGCAGCAUCUCCAGUAUCGUCUCGAGGUCGCAGAGUCACCACCACCAUCAGCGUAUGAGGAGCGCGACCGGCGGUACCGCCAAGGGUAUCGAGACAGGCGGGCUGGACAACAUCAACGAAGAAUCGUCGACGUCCGGGUCGCCGAAUAACACGCUGGGGCCCCAGCAGAGGAAACCGUCGUGGGCGCAGGGGGACGAUUACUAUCCUCCUCCUCAUCGAUAA